UAACUUCCAUAACCGAAAACAGAUACCGAAAAUAAUAAUAAAACAAUAAAAGAGCUACAUUUUCAAUCUGCGUUUCUUCUGAGGAUGUAAUUUUAUGUAAAUAAACUAAGUUUAUCAAGACAAAAUGUUGAAAACAGCAUCCAAACCAGUCGACGUUCAGGAUCUUCAGUUCAAACUACAAUGUCGUUUCAAAAUAUUUGGCAAAGAAGAAGGGCAAUUACCUAAAUCACCACGAAGUUUAUUAGCGGCUGCUAGCAGAUAUGGUUUAGUUUUUGUGGGUAGCACUACAUCGACACUAAAAGCUAUUCGCUUUGAGAAUAUUGAAGAACAUUCAUCUACAGAUGCAACAAAUAUUUACCCAAGAAGAGAAAUUAAUCUCAGUUCACAACCUCAUUUUAUUUCCGUUAAUUGUGAUGAUACAGUAUUGGCAGUUAUUGUUGAGAAAGACAAUUGUCUUCUCGGGCUAUUCUAUGAUGUUUUAUCUUUUUAUAAGGAAGAGGUUGUUGUAUUGAAUGAAGUAAGAUUAACUUGUACUCCUGGAUUAGAGAUACUUCAGGCCAAUUGGCAUCCUACCAUAAAUAAUAUAUUUACUGAGUGUAAAUCUGAUGGGACACUUGGUAUAUAUGAACUGAAAGAUAAAUCUGUAGAUGUGAAAAAACUCCCAGCAGAAUCAAAAGCUUGCUGUUUCUGUUGGAGUCCUAAAGGGAAACAGAUUGCUGUGGGUUCACAAGAUGGAAAAAUUAUACAUUAUAAACCAGAUCUGAAAGCAGUAAAAAGUAUAGAUGCACCCCCUUUUGAAAUACCACAUAGUGUCUUGUCUUUACAAUGGAUUUCCAAUUAUCAAUUUGUUGGAGUGUUUAAAGUUUGCCAUGGUUCAGAUCCAGAAUGUAAUGUAGUUCUGAUUGAUGCGCCCAAAACGGGAAAUCCUGUUUUUACCAAUUUUUAUGAUAUAUGCUAUAGUAAUGGGAAUAUGCGACCACCGCAGUUCUAUACAAUAAAUGAACAGCAUUGGAAUAUUUUAUUGGUGGCAUCAGCCAAUAGUAUGGAGGUAGGUGUUCUUUCCAAUGUGGGAGAAACAUGGACUCAAUACAUUUUACCAGAUUCUGCCAGGGCAGAACUACCUUUAGAUGAAAACCAAGAUGAAACUUUUCCCAUUGGCAUAACAAUGGACACAAGCUCUGUUAAGCCUGUCCUAUGGGGGGAAUCGUACAUACAGCCUGCUCCCAGUCUAAUUUUACUUUCUCAUGAGGGAGUUUUGUGUUCUUUCAGAAUGAUAAAUUUGAAGGAAGGUGCACCUAGUGUCAACUCUCCACCAGAUAAAGUGAACGAUUUGAGCGGGUUGAAGUAUUUCACUGCUCCAGUUGAAAAAGCUGUAAAAAUUGAAAUAUCUCAAGGGAAUCAAAAUCAGAGGGAGGGAUCUUUACUUCAGAAAGACAAUAGUUCAACUCCAACUGGGGUGGCUCCAGCAGCUAAUACAAAUUCAGCUAGCAUGUUCCAAUCGGCCCCUACAACAGCUGGUGGAACAGCUCAAGGAUCGGAAACACCCACAACGCCAUUGUCCAUAUUCAAGACACAAGCCCCCAUGCAAUCUUCACCCUGCCUACCGACUAAUUUAUUUGGCGGUCAGAUUUCCAUUACGCCAGUCAGGAAUAAAAAUGCACAACCGCCUACUUCAGCAGCUUUAACGGGAACCACUCUUCUAUCGCAAAUAUCGACAGAAAGUGCAUCUGAAGAAGUGGCUAACAAAGGACCUAAACCUUCAAUUCUGAAAGGUUCGAUAGAUACUAUGUCAUUCUCGAGUCUGUUGGCCGGAUCUGCUUCAGCUGAGACAAACGUGAAUGUUUCAAGUAACAAAAGUGAAGCGAUUGUAUUCUCCUCAGCAGCUCCGAUCACACUGACGAAUUUGUUGUCUGAAAGUACUCGAGCUGAGACAAGUUACCGUUCUGAUAACAACUUUUCAGCACAAGCUCAGUUGCAGACCAAUCUGCCAGUUAACAAUUCAACACCAACAUCCAAUGUUUCCUUUGGUACUCUGAAAACAAAUGCAAAUACAAAUGUAUUCCAUUCGACUGGGAAUAUAUCUCAGACGACCCCAGUUAAACUAGAGGAAAAAGACAGUGCAGAUAUUAAAAACAUGUUGACGGAAAUGCUCAAGAUGGAAUGCACCGCUUUAGAUGAAGAAAUUCGAGAUUUGAUCAUUCAAGGACAGCACCUGAAAAUCAAUCUCAACUUUGAGGAAAUGGAUAAGAUUGUACAUACAACUGAAGGAAUCAAUGAGUUCCUCAAGGAAUUAGUGGAAACCUGCGAAAUACAAUCUUCCGAGGUACACGUUUUGAAACAAACUACCAUCCAAUCUUGGGCCUGGUUGGAAGAAGCAAGGUCAAGAUUUAAGGAAUCUCAAGAUGAAGAACUGAGAAAUAUUAUGAAGUCGAAACCGUUAGAUUCAGUUUCAGAAAAACACCGCAGUACCUUGAAACAAAUGCAAUAUUACUUAAAUUCUCAACUUGCCCAAUCACACAAAGCUCUUGAUGAUCAGUGGGAUAAAUUUCAAGAUUACUGUCGCAAAACCAACAGGCUCCAGUUGCCAACCAUGGAGGCAAUCUUCCAAACAAUGGUCAAACAAAAUGCUAUACUUCAGAAACAUAACUAUAUACUGAGGGAUAUUACUAGUCAAAUAAAAGGAAAACAGAAAGCUUGCAAUGACGCUAGUCUCUUCAAUCCGUCAGACAAAAAGAAUAACUUGGAAAGUAGUUUCCAGAAUCUUAAACUAGAACCAGAAAGUAUUUACCACAUUUAUCAUCAAAAAAUUCUCAAUAGGGUAAAGUCGUUGCCAGGAAAUAAAGUGAAUCAAUUGAGAAGGAUACUUCACAAUAGGGAAGUGCCCCAUGUCAUGGUAAAAUCGCAAAUGUCCACUUCGAAUCUAAAUUCAACGUUAAAAUUGGACCAAUAUACGGGUAAACCCGCCACUACGCCCAAUGCCAAAAAAGUUGAUUUUGCCAAGCAGUUAUCACAGUCAUCACCUUUGAAUUCGAUGCCGGCUCCUCAAAUUUCAAGCACACCCCUAUCUGCGUUUGCUUCCACUAAUAAUGUUGCAUCCGGUGGUAAACCUCAGUUAACUAGCAGAUUUGGUAUUGAAUCUCAAGGAGCACAAUCAUCUUCGAAUUUCAAAUCUAUCAAAGAAAAUGUUGCAGUAGAUAAACCAACAAAUUCUGCCACUUCCACAUUUUUUGGGGAUAAAUUAUCAGGCGGUCCACAAAAUCAGAAUUCGCUCUUAAGAAACUUAUCUACGAACUCGAGUAAAGAAAUCGGGGGUUAUUCCAUUCCCAAGGCGUCAUUCAAUCAAGGAUCCAGUAUGUUAGGAAAUAAAAAUACUUCCAUAUCGAUAACUACGCCUUCGGUUUCGAUAACCUCCACAUCAUCUGCAGCAGUAGAUGUAGUUACAUCUGCUCAAUCAAAUAUAUUCAAACAACCAUCAAAUGUACCUUCCAGUUCUUCGUUUGAGAGUAGCCCUGCAAACAAACCAUUCUCUUUCAUAUCUUCUGCACCUCAAUCCAAUUUAGUAACCGUCAUUCCUUCAUCCUUAGCUGUCAGUAGUACCUCGUCUUCCAAGGAUAGUCUUAGCUCAACCUCUGUAAUUUCCCCUAUCAACAAAUCGAAUGCAUCUUCUACGUUCUCAUUUGCAAUGCCCAAAACAACCAUGGUUUCAUCUGUUGCAAGUUCCAUCAGUACUACAAGUGCCUCCUCAGGAUUUGCUACUACUGGUUUUAAUUUUGGUAGCAGUUCUUCAUUUUCCAAAAAUUCCUCAGUGCCUUCAACACAAAGUUCAUUACCAAACACUUCGACUAUUCCAAGUACUUCUUCAACAAAUGACGGAGCAGUUUCAAUCACUUCUUCCACUAAAUUCAGUGGAAUGGUCCCAAAAUUCGGCUCUCUUGGAACGAGCAAAGAGGCAGUUCCAAUAUCAACGACAUCAUCCGUAUUCCAGACUGUCGCAACAACUAGUAUCACCUCAACUAGUAAUAUUGUAGGAACGACCAGUGGAUUUUUCUCAGCUACUAGUAAACCCUCCAUAUUCAAUACUUCUGCAUCGUCAAGUGCGGCGAUAACUACAGCAUCUAUUUUUGGUCAAUCUCCACACAAGGGGACGUCCUUAUUCUCUACUUCCACAACCAAUGGUGGAUCUUUAUUCGGCACCGCCACAACUAGCGCACCAGUUUCAUCAACAACCAGUCAACCUACAUUUGGUACUAGUGUAGGAAUCACAUCAAGUACUCGAACAGCAACUGACGCAACUGUGACAAGUAGCGGUACAAGUUCCAUAUUCGGCAACGCUGUUGCAUCGACAACUGCUUCAUCGAUAUUUUUCAAAGCGGCCACCACUGCAGGUCCUUCAGCCACUGUCACUAAAUCGAUAUUCGCUACUUCUCCCCCAGCCGGUGGUCAAGCAGCCAGUAUAUUCAGCUCUACCUCCUCAAGUGGUAAUUCUUUACCAAUAAGUUCUGCAUCGAUAUUUGGAACUUCAGUUUCAACUAGUGGACCUGGAAGUAGUACACUUGGCACUUCUUCAAGUAGUAAUCCAGUACAAUCUCAUACUAAAGCCGUCUUUGGCAACUCGUUCACAACUGUUGGAACAACACCUAGUACCCUUCCGACAAGUAGUACGUCGGUUCCAAGUACUUCUGCCUCAAUAUUUGGUACAAGCAGUAGGGCAGAUUCAACAGCGCCUAAUCUAUUUGGAACCGCUGUUUCGAGUCAAGCAGGAGUACCAGCAACGAAUAUCUCUCUUUUUGGUUCAACUGUUACAUGUAGUAACGGAAUGGUACCACCUACAAGUACAAAAUCGAUAUUCGGUGCACCUACAACAAGUACUGCCACCACCACAUCGAUAUUUGGAACAGCAUCUGCACCGAAAAGUACCGCAUCUAUAAUAAAUAGUCAGCCAACUUUUGGUGCAACCACGAGCUCGUCAAUUUUCGGCGGUAGCUCAUUUGGAACUGUUAGUACAACAACUGCAACUUCAGUAUUCGAGAAUGCGUCGACACCGUUCACUAAGACGCCAUUUGGAUCAUCCACAUCGGCUAGUUCGCCUUUUGGUACUCCUGUGGCAACAUCCUCUUUUUCUUCAACUCCUUUUAUAGGAGCAACUAGCUCAAAUUCGGUCUUUGGUCAAACCACUUCUACCGCAUCGCCUUUCAGUACUACAUCUGCAGCAACUUCUCCCUUUGGCAGUACCACAGGCAAUGUACAGUCUCAGUUCAGUGCAAAACCAACUAGUUCUGAUUCUUUGUUUGGAGGUACUACUCCAGCAGUGUGUUCGCCUUUCGGUAAUACACAAACUUUCGGAACUGGUUUCAAUUCCAAUACAGCUGCACCAUCUUCCCCCUUUGGCCAAGUUAAUCCAUCGCCCAACGCCUUUGGAACUGCCACGCCAACUGAAAACGCGUUUGGUCAAAGCUCCAAUUCAUCUGGAGGUAUGUUUGGGGCGUUUGCAUCCUCUAAUACCAAAAGUUCAGAAGGGUCAUUCGGUUUUGGAAAUCUGAAUGUGGGUAAUUCUUCGCAAAAUCUAUUUUCCAAAACUAAUGAAAAUAAAUCUCCAUUUGGAGGGGGGACUUUCAACCCCACCACUUCAACAGGAUCUCUUUUCGGUUCUUCCAAUUUCGGAAAUAAUAAUGGAAAUAGCGUAUUUGGACAGCCAACGUUUGGAAGCAAUUCAUCCUUCAGCAGUGCACCGCAGUCGGGUCCAUUCAGUGCUGGGGGAGGUUCGAUAGCUCAGACAGGUUUUGGAAUUUCACAAAAUUCAGAGAAAACACCCGCAUUCGGUGCUGCUCCUUCCUUUGGGGGCUCACCUGCCUUUGGAGCUGCUCCAACAUUUGGAGGGGCACCAGCUUUUGGCAGUACAUCACCGUUUGGCGGUACAAAUAAAAUAUUUGGAUCCCCAAACUCAACACCAGCUGGAUCUGUUUUUGGUUCAAACACUCAACAGAGCUCAGGUUUUGGAAGUUUUGGGAGUCAAAACUCAUUAGGUUUCGGUAAUUUGGCGCAACAGACAAAUAAUCCAGGUGAAAAUCUUACUCAGAAUGGAGGUUUCGGAACUUUUGCAAGUCAAAACACCAUUGGUUUUGGAAAUUUAGCCCAAAAAUCUAACAAUUCAGGACAGAGUACCCCAUUUUCUGGGAAUUCUUCAUUUUCAAGCUGGCGUUAAGAAAACGAGAUGCAUUCUUAACACAUAGACUCUUAAACUAAUAGAGAUGUAUUUUUAUCAAUAAAAUAUUCACA